AUGGAGAUCACUGCUGGGGAAGGCACAGGUCAUUCCCAGGGAAGGCAUGGAGAUCACUGCUGGGGAAGGCACAGGUCAUUCCCGGGGAAGGCACAGGUCACUGCGGGGGAAGGCAGAGAUCGCUCCCGGGGAGGGCACGGGUCAUUCCCGGGGAAGGCACGGGUCAUUCCCGGGGAAGGCAGAGGUCAUUCCUGGGGAAGGCAGAGGUCAUUCCCGGAGAGGGCACGGGUCAUUCCCGGGGAGGGCACGGGUCAUUCCCGGGGAGGGCACGGGUCAUUCCCGGGGAAGGCAGAGGUCACUCCCGGGGAAGGCAGAGGUCACUCCCGGGGAAGGCAGAGGUCAUUCCCGGGGAAGGCAGGUCAUUCCCGGGGAGGCAGGCGCGGGUCAUUCCCGAGGCAGGGCACGGGUCACUUCACGGGUCGGGGAAGGCAGAGGUCACUCCCGGGGAAGGCAGAGGUCGUUCCCGGGGAGGGCACGGGUCAUUCCCGGGGAAGGCAGAGGUCACUCCCGGGGAAGGCAGAGGUCGUUCCCGGGGAAGGCAGAGGUCACUCCCGGGGAAGGCAGAGGUCACUCCCGGGGAAGGCAGAGGUCACUCCCGGGGAAGGCACAGGUCGUUCCCGGGGAAGGCACAGGUCGUUCCCGGGGAAGGCAGAGGUCACUCCCGGGGAAGGCACAGGUCGUUCCCGGGGAAGGCACAGGUCGUUCCCGGGGAAGGCAGAGGUCACUCCCGGGGAAGGCAGAGGUCACUCCCGGGGAAGGCAGAGGUCACUCCCGGGGAAGGCAGAGGUCACUCCCGGGGAAGGCAGAGCUCAUUCCCGAGGAGGGCACGGGUCACUCCCGGGGAAGGCAGAGCUCAUUCCCGAGGAGGGCACGGGUCAUUCCCGGGGAAGGCAGAGGUCACUCCCGGGGAAGGCAGAGCUCAUUCCCGAGGAGGGCACGCAUCCUUCCCCCCCCACCGCCCUCCCUCCCGCCUCUCCUCCGCCCCGACAGGGGCCGCUGCCGCCGCCGCCCGCCCGGAAGCGCCGCCAUGCUGAGGGAGGGCGGUUCAUGGUCGCCGCCAGCGGGGCACGGAGCCCGGGGACGGGGAGCGGGACGGCGGGACCGGACCCACGGACAGGUACCGGGGCCGCCCGGGGGGAGCAGCGGGAGGGCCGGGCCGGGGCGGUGCCGUGCGAGGCCCCGCGGGGCGGCCGGGCCCCGCUUUCCCUGGGGCUGCUCGUACCGCCCGUGUAA